UUUUGACGUUAGCAAUAGUGCUGCGCAUGCGGCAAACCUAGGAGAAAACACGAGAAAAGCAGUACUUGUUUGGAAGGAUAUCGUCGUGUUUUAUAACAGGAGAGCUUCCCGCAGAGUUUCUGUGUCACAGAGAGCGAGACAUGGACCCCCAGAAGGACCUGCAGCCGCCUAAACAGCAGCCCAUGAUCUACAUCUGCGGAGAAUGCCACACAGAGAAUGAGAUCAAGGCCAGGGAUCCCAUCAGAUGCAGGGAGUGUGGCUACAGGAUCAUGUAUAAGAAGAGGACUAAGAGAUUGGUUGUGUUUGAUGCACGAUGAACUUCAGAUAACACCCUCAGCAGUUUGUUUUUGGUCAGUUUACAUACCCUCUGAACUGUAAAUUAUUGCUUGGAUCCCAGUACUGAAAAGUAACACAAAAUAUAUUAUGAUUUUGUAAAUACUACAACAUUGCUUCAUGAUGUUGUCUUGUGUCUUUACAGUUUUCUUCCCUUUUAUUCAUUAAUACCCAUUUCACUGAACUCCCCCAGGAAUAGCAGUAUACCGAUUUGAUGUUUGAAGUAAAUGAAAUCCCAGAACACGACAGCAGUGACAGACUGACAUUCUGUAUCUGCUUUUGUCCUGAGAUCCUGUAGCACUGAUGUAAUUAAUUACAUAGAAUAGCUCUGUAUACUGUUCAUCACACAUUAAAAAACAAUUGGCAGAUACAGUGGUAACACUGUUCCUGACAUUAAUAUAAUUCUUGAAUUUCACAGAUCAUACAUUUUAGUGACUCCCUGAUCUGAUU